CUGUGGUGAUCUGGAAGAUGUUGUAGCCGAAACUUGAUAUUCACUACGUUGUCUUUUAAAUUAUUGUUAAAAUAUUUACACAGAUGCAUAGUGCGUAUUAUAAGACUCAGAAUGGAUCAAACUGCACAUACACCAAAUUAAAAGCUUCAGGUCAGACUAAAGAAGAGUCCUACAGCCCAGCCAUGCCCCAGAAACCCCAAAAGAGCGCCCAGACGGCCCACUACAUCGAGCUGGGAGGUUACCAGUACUGGCCGGUGCUGGUGCCCCGAGGAAUCAGGCUGUACACCUACGAACAGAUCCCGGUGUUCCUGAGGGAGAACCCCUACAUCACAGAUGGAUACCGAGCGUACCUGCCCUCCAGACUGUGCAUCAAAAGCCUCUUCAUUCUGUCUAAUGAGACGGUGAAUAUCUGGAGCCAUCUGUUGGGCUUCCUGCUCUUCUUCUUCGUCGGGGUGUACAACAUGUCCUCUGUGCUGCCGGCCAUCGGCGCCUCCAAAGAGGACUACGUCAUCUACUCCAUCGGGCUCUUCUGCUUCCAGGUACAAGUUUUCCAGUUUUCUUCAGCCGUGAUAGAAAUUAGGACGCCAUCUUCCAGCUUACAUGUUGACUGGCUG